AUGAACAUGGACAUCGACUCCGUGCCCGCCCAGCAACGCUCCUCGCGGAAGCACCUACGCAGCAGUGACGAUGACGACAAUGAUCUAGAUUGGAGCUCUGAUGUAUCUGGCCAAUUUGAUGAUGCCGAAGAGCCUGACCUUGAAGACUGCAAGUCCCCAUCUGCAAAGUCCGCGAAACGGCGCCGGUCCAACGACUGGCCGUUGCCGGACGAAGCAGCGGACUAUGGAAGCAACGGCAGUCGAAGCUCGCGCAAUGGAAACACAUCUUUGGGACCCAACUACAAGGCCUCACCUCGAGCAUCGCCCCGGGGGUCGGCUGCAUCUCUGCGCAACAGACAUAAGGCCUCUACCAACAGCCCUCGGUAUCACCUGACUCGCCGAUCUCGUUUCGUUGAGGCGAACAUGAGCGAUAGCGUUAGCGAGAAACCACCCAGUAUUUACUUGCGCGAGAGCAAAGGGCCUGGCUCGCAGAAUCGGGCAUCUGGAAUUUUUCGAUUUGGCAAAGCAAUCGCAUCCGCUUUCAAUCCAUUCGGUGGAUGGAGCAAGACCUCGCCUGAGAACGCAAACAAGUCCCCCCAGAAAGAUGCGCUCACCCAAGCCGAGGAGGCCUAUGCCAAUCUCAAGCGUGCUGGCUACAAGGGGACGAAUAAGGGAUCCUACAUGCAAAGCCAAAAUGUCAACCCCUCUAGCGCCGACCAGACCUGGCAAGCAAUUCAAGACAAAAUGGGCUAUGGUAGCCCCAAACGAGAUGCAGGCUUCCAAUGCACGCCAUUGUCACCCAUCCGCUCACCUUUGCGAUCCCCAUCAAAGUCUUCCAAGCGCUCGUCCUUUCAGGAUCUACGUAUUCCAUUCAUGAAGACUCACGAACAACCACCCGCGACAUCUGCAUGUCUAGAUCACCCGUCCGAGGACUCUGAGAACCAGGGAAUUCGGAGACAAAAGUCCCGCAAGGAACUCUCACGCGAGUCGAAGCUUCUAAAGAAGGUCAGCAACCUCGAGGAUAAGCUGGAGCGUGCGCGUCGAGAACUUCGUCAUAUCAGUGGCAAUGAGGAGCGACUGCCAUCGCCAACCCUAGACUAUCGACCCAUGAGCCUGGAAAUGGACCCAGGCAGCUACCCGCGAAAGUUUGUCCCAGGCGCACUUCCAACAGUGCCAUCUGAACGUUUGCUAGAUCAGCAGCCCGUGUCUCAAUCUCCCGAACUUCAGGCCUUUGUCUCUGAGGAAGGAAGAGGUGUUUCGCCGGAAUCUCAGUCCACGGCUAAGUCUCCAAAACGGCGACCAUCGUCAAUGGGUAAGGAAAGCUCUUCCCGCAAAAGGAAGUCAACAGUUCCUGAACCAAUCGCUAGUCGGAAACCUCUUCAGCCCAAUCCGACGGACCAUAUUGACGAACGCCCAUCCGAAUUCGACUACUUAAUCGACGCCGGUCUACUUAGCCCCCCACGCUCGAAGUUGCAGAAAUUCGAAACCGGCGACAGCCCGGGGUCCGUGGAACGCAAACGACAUGACCAUGGAGCUUCCGCGGCACAAGACGCAGAUUCAAUGCAUAGAAGGUCUUCAUAUGUCACCCGAAAACCCUCUCCUAGCGCCAACCGCUCACCAAUGUCAAAGAACAUAAGAUCACCGCCUCGUCUUCGUAUGCAACGUAACCGGUCAGAAUUGCGCUCCUCUUUCUCCACGACCUAUACUACCCCAACCUUGAAAUCGGAUCCCAUCGCCUACGACUUUUCUUCUCCCCCACCACCAUCUAUUGAAGCCCAUCAAGCCUUUUAUCUUCAGCCGCACCGCCAAAUCGACCCAGAUCAUCCGGCCCGCGGUUCACCCACCAAAGCGCGACCUAGCCCAAGACGAAGGCAUAGUUACGACAUGGACAUUCCGCCUGUGCCUCCUCUGCCUAAAGAACUACGAAUGAAUGCCAUCAAGGUAACCGAGUCGCCCACCAAACCACACAACCCUGUCAGAGACUCUGCUCCGCCAGUCCUAUCUCAACAGAUACUGCCGGGUCUCAAUGACCAGGCCUCGAAGGAAGAACGCUUCCUUUGGCCUGAGGAUAUCUUUUAG